AAUGCACAUAACGUAACCGCAUUAUCUGCGAAAAAAAAUAUCCAAGCAUUGCCGUUCUUUAUUUAAAAUUGAAAUUCAUUUAAUCAACGGCUGAGUUACAGUCAAGCAAACUUGUCGACAAACAAACAUUAAAACAAAACCGAUUAUUAUCUGGGUGAUAUAAACAAUUGUAAAUAACACACAUUUAUAUGUGCAUAUAUAGAUAUAUGUUUAUAGUAUUUAUGUGGCUACAUUUAAAAUAAAAAACGCAGAGCGCAAAACGUUCUGCUAAAAUAGUUAUUUACUAAAUUUAAAUUGGAAAACGAAUCGUAAUUAUGAGAGAGCAUACAAAGUAGGUGAGAUAUUUCGUCAAAGGUAAGCGACUAGAGUUUUAGUUCCAGUAAAAACAAAGUAACUAUCGGUUGACAAACGACAAUUGCGGAAUACCUUGAAAUAUUCAACAAAAAAGCAAACAAAAAUAAUCCAAGACAACCAACAAAUAUGCCAGAUAACAGCACAAAAUUUAAUCCGAAUUUGAAUCUCGAAAUACCGAAAUGGAUAAACGAGAAAUACUUCGAAAAAAUUCUACAGAAAGAUAUGCCACAGUUCAAGAAAAUUUUAAAAUUCACACCUACAGCUGCCACGCCACCCGGGGAGAAUUACACAUCAAUUAUGGUACGUAUACACAUGGAUAUAGAAAUGAAAGAUGGCUUUACUCAACAGCAGUCAUAUAUAAUGAAAACCAUGCUAGAUAAAGACAAAGGAGGUACGUUUAUAAACACUCUAAAUCUAUUCCCCAAGGAAAAAUUUAUGUACGAACAAUUGCUGCCUCAACUGGAAACGCUCUAUAAUGAUAUUAAUAAGAAAGUAAAAUUGGCGCCUAAAUGCGUCUGGGUUGAGGAGAAGGCCGAACGCAUUACACUUGUUCUAGAAGAUUUAAACACUAAAAAAUUUAAAAAUAUAAAUCGUCUGAAAGGUUUCGACAUGGCACAUAUGAAACGCGUUUUAGAAAAACUGGCUGAAUUUCAUGCAGUCACAGUGAUAUGGCAGCAGCGUAAUGGGGCAUACCCAGAAGAAUUUCAAAAAAGUUAUCUACCCGCAAACUAUCAGAAAUCGAAAUCUUAUCAAGCACGCGUGCAAAGUUUCAAAGCAGCGAUGUCUACUUGGGGCUUGGAGGAUUAUGAGAAAUACGCAGAGCGCAUUCCAAAUGCAGAGCAAUUUGUUAAUGCUGCUAUGGGUUGUUUUAACACUGAUCCGAAUGAAUUUAAAGUUUUAAAUCAUGGAGAUUUUUGGUCCAGCAAUAUCAUGCAAAACUAUACUUCAACUGGUGAAAUCAAUCAAAUACGUUUUAUUGAUUUUCAGUUAUGUAAAUGGGGUAGUCCAGCACAAGAUCUCUGGGAAGUCAUCAUGUGUUCAUCAGAAAGCAAUUUACGUAUACGAGAAUUCGAUAAUUUUGUACGUAUUUAUCAUACUCAUCUUCUCAAAUGCUUAAGGCUACUUCAAUCUACAAAGCCACUACCAAAGCUACGCGAACUCCAUAUAAGCAUGUUGAAACAUGGAUUUUGGGGUCUAUUUAGCCUCUUCAAAUUGUCGGCAAGUUAUGCUGAUGGCAGUACUUCUCCGAAAACUGUGGCUGAUAUAGCUUUGGAUGAUGCAGUUAAACUAAAAGUACUGAAUUCCUUUAUACGACUAACACCGGAAUUAGCUUUACACCAAGCAAAAGAAUCGGCUUACCGAUAUAAAGAAAAGAAAUCUUUCAGUUCGGUCGAUGGCAUUACAAUUGCAGUGAAAGACAAUUUUUGUGUCAAAAAUGUGAAAACAACAUGUGCUUCCAAAAUGCUUGAAGAUUUUGUAGCUCCAUAUAAUGCUACAGUAUAUGAACGUCUCUCAAAAGCCGGAGCAGUUCUUAUUGGUAAAACAAAUAUGGAUCAAUUUGCUAUGGGCUCAGGCACGGUAGAUUCAGUUUAUGGCCCUACAAAGAAUGUAUGGAGCGAAGAUCUGACUGAAAACAAUUGGCGCAUAUCUGGUGGAAGUUCAGGUGGAUCUGCUUCUGCAGUUGCUGCAGGCAUAUGUUACGCGUAA